AUGUUGCUGACCAAGACCCUGGAAUAUCUGUUUUAUUUGGCCUUGUUUGCCUUCAUGUGCAAAUACGCCACGGCAGCAAGUGUCCAAUCCACGGAAGCGCCUGCAGUUGCAACGGAAACCCUCCGGAAACCCCAAAAAGCUGAGAGCCUUCUCAGCGGCUGUGAAACAUCUUCGUUCAGUUGGAUGUGCCUCAAGAUCGAAUUUGUCAAGAUCAUGGAAAAGCUCGCCGAGCAGGAGGAACUGAACGUUUUGCCUGGCGUCAGUGUGGUUAAAGAUGAAAAUGCCAAGGAACUGAAGACAUCGGAGCUAAUGGCAGAAGUGGCUCGCAGCUAUCCCAGUGAUCCCAGCACUCGCUUGAAUGGCUACAUAGUUGCCAAACUGGAGAAUCUUCUGAAAACGCGCUUCCUCAGAUUCCGCCUGCUGGAUGACAAGUCCCUCGUAGAGGGUCGCAAGCACAAGUUCGGAAAGAAAGGAGGCUUGGAAGCCCUGGUGGCAGCCGGAGUCAUGAUGAAGGGAAUGCUUAUGGCCAUGGGCUUCGGCGCCAUCGCUCUGAUGGCCGGAAAGGCUCUGAUGACAGCUCUGAUGGCCUUGACACUGUCUGGAGUUUUGGGACUGAAGAGCUUGGCCGGUGGCGGCGGGAAGUCCACCACAUACGAGAUAGUGGCUAAGCCAAUUUACACCUCCAGCCACUCGCACUCGGUGACCCACGAGGAUGGAGGUCAUGGCCACAGUCCCCACUUUGCCGCUGGAGGUGGUGGCGGAGGUACCGCCAGUGGUUUCGGAUAUGGAGGAUAUGCUAGGUCGCUAAAAGUGGAUCAGUCAGCCAACCAAAUCCAAUAA